AUGGCGACAGGCAUCGUCGCCCCACUGGCCGCAGAGAGGUACCAGGACGGGGGCACCGUGGCAAACACGAACUCGAUGAAUGCGCUGGAAGCCAGCCGUGAGGCUCUCAGCGCGAUCAAGGCCGCCAAGGACUGGCUCGAGGAGAUGGCCCCCGAGCGCGCGCUCCUCGGGCCCAGGGCCUUGCAGCGCUUGCGCGAAGAUGCCGUCGCCGCCGUCGGCCCGGAGGAGAUCGACAAGGCUGUCGCGGCCGCGUCGCCCGAGGAGACGAGACUUGGACCCGUCGUCUUCGCGAGCUUGUUCGGCUCCACGGACGCCCAUCAGGCGGCAUAUCCAGAGAACCAGGGCGCUCAUGCGAACCGCGUCACCGCCGAGUUCGCCCGGCUUAUCAAGGCGACGGAGGAACCUACCUCAGCCGCCAGCUUUCGCGGGAUUGAUAGCUCCGUCGGUGCAGUCUUGCUCGAAAUCUGGGGCGAGAUCGAGGCGAGGGCCAGCGCGGGCUCUGCUGCGGCGGCGGCUGUCGCGGUUGCCGUUGCCGGGGUUUGA